UUUAAUGAUUUUAGGUACACUUCAGGUGCGCAGUCGCAAACGAUGAAGCUGAAAGCUACGAAUCCCCAGUGAUGUUCUGAAAAAAUCAGCUGUGUUUCAGACAAAACCCCAACUAGCAAAUAUGUUCCGGAUGUGAAUUAAACAGCCUAAGCAGGAAAUAAUGCCGUUUUAAUCCACCCAUUUUCACCAUUCUUGCACCAUGGAUCUAGCAGAGACCAUGAAAAAUGUCUUAGCCAAAGGAAUUCAGCAAACGAACGUAAAUGAUUUGCCCACAUCGACCAGUAUGGGGUUCCCUGGUACAGGUUAUGUUACUGAAAAACUCUACAUGCUGCUACAGCUGUAUCUGCAAAACAAGGGCUGGAAUUCGUCAGUGGAGCUGUUGCAGUGCUUUUCAGAACUGAAAGAAUCAUCUAUGUUGCCAAGUGCUGCCUAUUUACAAAUGAUGGCUUCAAGGGUUACGCUAGAUUCACAAGGUAGACUAAUUUUGAGAGAAAAUGGUAAAAUUAUUCUUCCCUUUGAACAUUUUGCUAAUGCUGUGAUGCUGAAACAUAUGAAUGGGCCUCAUGGGUUGCAUCUGGGGGUUGAAGCCACCGUCAGGGCUGUCAUGGAAUCCUACACUAUCGGACGUGAGAAUUUCGGCAUGGAGAAAGAAUUCAUAAUCGAAGUGGUGCAAAAUUGUCCAAAUCCCGCUUGUCGCUACUACAAAAACCAAAUGGAACUGACCCAAAAAACUUUACAGCAUUUAACAACACCCCCUUAUUUGGGGGAACCCCAAUCGAACAAUCCGGACAUACGCAGCCGUUUGGGCGCAGUCGACCUAACAGGACAGAAUAAUUUGGACUCAAAAAUCAGUCAACAACUAUUAGACAGGCCUAAAUCCGUAGCUCCAACUCAGCAACAAAUCACAGCGGCAUUAAUUCAGCAACAAAAUCGCGUCAUCGCACAACAAAAUAUUGAUAAGUUGAAUGCGAAUUUAGAGAAACAGAGACAACAAAUUCAGCUUCAGCAACAAAUGGAUAUGGCGAAAGGGCAGCAAAAGUCGCAUUUUGACCUACCUUUGAUGGACCACAAACUGACCGAUUUUUUAAGGGCCAAUUUGGAAAAUCUAGAAGGUUUAUCAGCAGCGAAUAAAGACUUAUUGGCUUUACACAACGGGGCUUGGACUUCGGCUUCAAGUCUCACUUCUUCGGAUGAUAAAAGGUCGUCCGAAGGCGGACAAGAAAAAAUUGUUAGGGCUUUCAGCGAAGUGAUGAAGAAUAUGCAAAGAAUGAAAACUUAUGUUAGACCAGCGAUGUGCAAACCUUACGGAAAACAGUCCGAAGCUCUGCAGAAGACUCUAAUGGACACGAUUCAGCUUAUCCAAUCGUUGCGCAGUUUUUUGCCCCCACCUCAUAUACAGGUGAGUUCAUGGAAAAAUGAGGAUAAACACCGCUACGAAGAAACUUAACUCGAAAUUUUCUCGUUAACAAAGGCAGCGUUGUAAAACAUGACUUCCGAGAUUAGAUUAUCCUUUAGAAGGAUAUAAAAUAAUGUGAAAGUAUUUUGUUCCUUAUUUUAUAUAUAGAUAUAUUAAUGUAAGUUUUUAUAUUUUGUUGGUUUUAGUCAGUGUUGAAAUUUAAUCGAAAUUUACUCAUGAUCGUAGUUGUAGUUUUUUAUUUUUAAAAUUUUGGAGAAUCAGUACAAUACGCUGCAAGCUCUCUUUAACGACUUUAUAAAUUAUGAAAUUUAUUUUUGUGAUAGCAUCGUACUUAACACAAUGAGAUUGUUUACUGAGGUGCAUUUUUGUUUAUUUAUUUGAUAGUAUUUGGAAAAUGACAGUAUUUGGAAAUAAAAAGUAGUCUUAUUUGAAUUAAUUAAUUCUUAGUGUUUAAAUUAGGACAUUGCAAUAUCUGAAAAGCUGCUCUUGGCCAGGCUACAAUAUAUGAGGGUUUGAAAGUCUAGUCAUUAAUUUAAAAAAAAUUGAAAAUUCAAAAUUUUAGCUGUGAUAUUUUAAUUGGCCAUGAUAUUCUAAAAGUCUAGUUUUUCAUUCCAGUAUUUACAUAUUUCGAUACCAAAAAUUGUAUUACUAGUUUUCGGUAGAUUUCGUGUAGAUUAUGAUCGACAAUUUGCAUAUCAUCUUUUUAUUUAUUUCCUUACGAAUAUUAUUGUAGAUCUGAGCCAGUAUUUGUACACAUGUUCGAAGACUGUUGUGAAAUUAUCAUUCUACUAUAGGAUUUAAGUGGUUUUUGUAUGUUGUCACGAAAUAGGAUUACUGUAAGGCUAUAUCAUAAUCUUGCCAAUUUUAUUAUUUCGAAGCUUAGCUUUAUUUGUUUGUUUGGCUUUUUUCAUAGUUGUAUGUGAUGCUAAUAUUGUUGAAAACAGUUUCUUUUGUUGUCUGUAUUCAGGCUUUUGUGCAAUAAAAUCAUUUAAAAGUA